AUGAAGCUCGCGGUGUUUAGCUCCAAACCUUACGACAAACGCUACAUCGAGGCGGCUCGCAGCGCUGCGGCUGCUAGAGGUGCUGCGGGUGCUGCAACUCGUCCUGCGUCGGCGGAUAUCGAGAUUGUCUUUCACGAAUUCGCGCUGGAGGAAGACACGGUUAUCCUUGCAAAGGGGGCGGAUGCGAUCUGUGCCUUUGUCAACGACACCCUUUCGGCGCCCGUGAUCGAGGCGCUGGCGAAGGAGGGCGUCAAGGCGAUUCUGCUGCGGUGCGCGGGCUUCAACCACGUUGAUCUCGUGGCGGCUGAGAAGGCCGGCAUCAUGGUCGCCAACGUGCCGUCGUAUUCGCCAGAGGCCGUGGCGGAGUUUGCGGUUGCGCUGAUCCAGACGCUGAACCGAAAGACGCACCGCGCGUACAACCGGGCGCGGGAGGGCAACUUUGCGCUGGACGGGUUGAUGGGGCGGACGCUGUUUGGGAAGACGGUUGGGUUUAUUGGCACGGGCAAGAUUGGGGUUGCGACGGCGAGGAUCAUGAAGGGGUUUGGGUGUCGGAUCUUGGCGUACGAUCCGUUUCCCGCGGCGGCGUUUGAGGGGGUUGGGGAGUACAAGGGUCUGGAUGAGGUCCUUGGCGAGUCGGACGUUGUGAGCUUGCACUGUCCUUUGAUGGAUAGCACGAGGAGGAUCAUCAACGAGGAGGCGAUUGCCAAGAUGAAGCCUGGCGCGAUGCUGAUCAACACUUCUCGGGGAGGGCUUGUCGAUACGAAGGCUGUGAUUAGGGCGCUCAAGGCGCAGCAUCUGGGGGGCGUGGCGCUGGACGUGUACGAGGGUGAGGGAUCGCUGUUUUACGAUGACCAUUCGGGGGAGAUUAUCCAUGACGAUGUGUUGAUGCGGUUGAUGACGUUUCACAACGUGAUUGUGACGGGGCACCAGGCGUUCUUCACGGAGGAGGCGUUGAUGGAGAUUGCGGAUUGCACGUUGAGGAAUGUGGAUGAGUUUGUGGUGACGGGGACGUGUAAGAAUUCGUUGACGAAGGAUUUGAAGUUGGUGAAGCGGGAUUCGUUGCCGGUUCGGGGUGUGUGA